AUGGCGCCACCGGAACCACCAACCACGAUCACACUCAAGGUCAAGGUCCCGCCAGGCUACAGCACGGAUGGCAACGAUGAAUUCCCGCUUGGAUCUCUCGCAGCCAACACCACGAUCGGAGCAGUGAGGCAGCAGAUUCAGACUACAAUACCAUCUCAUCCGACACCGGAGCAGCAAAGGAUCCUAUAUGGAGGUAGGGCGUUAGUGGAUAACGAGCAAACCCUCGCAGAUGCGCUGAACACAAAGCGCGAUCCCACGCAGACAGAGUAUGUGGUUCACUUGCUUGUCAGGAACGAUGCGCAGAAUGGAGAUGGUCAGGGCCAUAGAAGGGCCGUGAGCACACCUCCUGCCCCUGGUAUGCAACAGCCACAGCAACCUGGUCAGCAGAUGCCGAUGCCUGGACAACACGUGCAUCCAAACGUCCUCCACCAGCAAGCACUUGCUAGGCAAAUGGCGAUGCAGCAGCAGCAGAUGUUACAUCAGCAUAUGGCACAUGGACAGGUAAUGCAGCCAGGUAUGCCACCGAUGCAGUUUCCUGGUAUGCAGGUGCCGAUGCCGCCUGGAUUCGGUCAAGCAGUGGCGCAAGGACAGCAGCAGAGAGCAUCGAUGGGUAUGCAGGGAGUUGGUCCACAGCUGAUGCCUACACAACAGCCACAGCAGGGUGGUGAUGGUCAGCAUGACCGCCCGUCUACAGACAACUUUGCUCAAGCUCAAGAUCAGCAAGAACCGGCCGCAGGCUCUAGCCCCCAGCACAAUCCUGCUAUCCAUGGGCAACCCCAUCACCACCACCAUCAUCAUCACGGACGGCCCGUGAGCGGACAGGGCUUCCACUUUCAGGGUGUCGGACCAAAUGGUCAGCAGAUCCAGAUUCAUCAGCAAACUCUGCAAUUUCCUGGCCAACCAUUUCCACCUGGCCAGCCGAAUGGCAUGCCCCUCUUUCCACAUCUCUUUCCGCCUCAAGCGCAGCAGCAACAGGCAAAUAUGCCACCACCAGGACCAUCUGCAUUGGAGCGUGCUAGAAGCAACUUGACAGAGAUGAGAACGAUGCUAGAGCAAAUCCGAGACACCAUUAGAAAUGGCGAGCAUACUGAGGAGUCAUUGCGAACGCAGACUGCACGGGUGGAGGAGUUGGAAGCGAGGGUGCGGGAGGUUAGAGAGUAUGUUGAUCCCUUUGGCGUUGCUGGAAACGCAAAUAUGAGAGCCGGGCUUUUCGCAAACGCUGGUGUCAACGCCUCAAGUUUGUUCGGUGACGCUGGUAGACGGUCUGCUCCACCUCAGCAGCAAGCGACAACGCCUGGAGGUGGCAGCUUAUUCGAUAGUGGGCAGGCUGCUUUUGCAAAUGCCAAUGGACAGCAAGGGGCAGGCGCUAGAAGUGCGCUACCUGCGCCAGGAAGCCUCUUCGGUAGCAAUGCAAACGCUCAGACAAGUCUGUUCGGUGGUGUGCCAGGCGGUCCGCUCUUUGGCCGCCAGCCGAUGAAUGGCCAGCCACAUAAUCAACGCUCAUUAUAUGAGGGCGCAGUCGGGCAGGCAGCCCCUUCUGGGCCGGACGACACAACAUGCUACCUCCUUUCUGGCCCGCAGGGACCGCAGGCAUUACUAUUCACACCGCAGCAUGGCACCUACACGGGCAGGAUGCCAGCUGGAUUGCGACCGACACCCACUGUCAUGCCGUUGCAGCAACAACACUUGUUCCCUAAUGCCACGACUCUUCAGCACGGACCAACUGGACAGCUGCAACAACCGGCUGCCAACAACGCUGUCCCAGCGCAGCCACCUGCCGCUCAGCCCAAUGGUCAAGCCGUCGCAAACGCCGACCCAGCCGCAAAUCCAGCACAAGCGCAAGCAGCAGCGCAACCAAAUGCCCUCGGUCCGCUGGAACCACUUCUCAAUCACAUGUGGCUUCUCUUCCGCCUCUUGAUCUUCGCAUACUUCAUCAUGGGUUCUAAUCUUGGGUGGCGACGUCCUCUGGCACUGGUCAUGAUUGGAUUAGGCUUCUGGAUGGUGAGGGCUGGGAUGCUGGGUGAUGGUGGUGUGGCGAGAAGAUGGUGGGAUGGGGUUGUGGGUGGGAAUGCGGGCGCACCUGCUGCGCAAGCGCAAGGACGGGGUGGUGAUCAGGCUGAUGGGCAAGGAGCAGCAGCGCAGGGUCCAGCAGGAGCAAUGCCAACACCGCAGCAAGUCGCCCAACGCCUGCUAGACGAACGCAAUCAGGCUCAGAACGCUCGCGUCCACCGCUUGCGGGAGUACAUCCGGCCGGUCGAACGGGCCGUAGCACUGUUCGUAGCAAGUCUUUGGCCUGGAGUCGGCGAAGCGCAUGUUCGGGCUCGUGAGGAAGAGGAGCGGAGACGAAGGGAUGAGGCAGAAGUGGCGGAGAGGAGGAGGCAGGAGGAUGAGAAGAAGGCUGCUGAGGAGAGGGAGAUGGAGAGUGAGGAGCAGAAGGGUAGGGAAAAGGAGAGGGAGAUGGAGAGGAAGAAGGAGAGCGAUCACGAUGACCAUGAGGAGAGGCAGGGGGAAGCGAAGGAUGGUGGUGAGGGCCCGUCUACUGGAGCUUCCAACCCGCAACAGGUCAAGGAGCAGAUCGUGGACUGGGAGUAG